AUGUCUGACUUGGGAUUUGAUGCAACUUUAAAGAAGAAGAAAAAGGUUAAGAAGACUGUUGAUGGAGCAACGCCCUCAGAAAGCACAGAGUCAACACCACAACCAUCGACCACAUCAUCAGGAGCUGUAGGCGACGACUUGUUCUCAGGAUUGAAGAAGAAGAAGAAAUCCAGUUCUAAGAAAUCAGAAGACUCGCCAUUGGAAAAGUCUCUCUCCCCUGAUGCAGGUGCAAGCGAUGAUCUUUCGGCCUCGCUUGGCGACCUAUCGUUAAAAAAGAAGAAGAAGAAGAGCACAAAGAACCUCGACUUGAACGAGUUUGAGCAGCAAUUAGAAGAAGCUGGUGUGGAAGAUGUGGCUAACGAUGAUAGCUUAGCCGACUCGCAAACACAAACACAAUUGGGAGGCGGAUUAUCAUAUGACGAAUUGCUUUCACGAUUUUUUGAGAUUUUGAAAACCAAUAAUCCAGAACUUGCUGGAGACAGAUCUGGUCCCAAGUUCCGUAUUCCACCACCUGUAUGUCAAAGAGAAGGUUCUAAAAAGACACUUUUUGCCAAUGUUCAAGAAAUUGCCACAGUAUUGCAACGUAACCCUGAGCAUCUUAUACAGUUUUUGUUUGCCGAGUUGGGUACCUCUGGUUCCAUUGAUGGUGAAAAGAGAUUGGUGUUGAAGGGUAAGUUUCAACCCAAGCAAAUGGAGAGUGUUUUAAGAAGGUAUAUCAUUGAAUACGUUACAUGUAAAACAUGUAAGAGUAUGAACACCGAGUUGAAGCGAGAAUCCGCCAACAGAUUGCACUUCUUGAGCUGUAAAGCAUGUGGAUCCACAAGAUCUGUUUCUUCCAUCAAAACAGGUUUCCAAGCCCAAAUCGGAAAGAGGAAGAAGUUUUAA